CAAAGAAGUCGACAAGAUGACCGUCUUCUACGGCAGCGCCAACUUUAAGAGGGGCACCAAGAGACGUGUCGCAAUGUUCCUGAGGCAUCCGGACUUCGAGAGGAAAACUUUCAAGAACGACAUCUGCAUACUGCUGCUUGAAAAGCCGAUUGAGUACAGCGAGAAGGUGCGACCAAUCUGCAUCCCGACGAGUCCGGUGGACAUCUUCAACAAGGAGGUUACCGUUGCAGGCUGGGGAUACCUUAGGCAACAUGGUAAAGCGAAGGAUGACCUACGUUUCACGAGCGUCAACGUUCUUCCAAAUUCAAGAUGCAAGCAAAAAUUUCGUACCAUCGGUUAUUCCAGGAGAAUAAUGUACUGCGCCUACCGGAAAGACACUGAUGCCUGUCAGGGCGACUCCGGAGGUCCCUUGAUGUCACGCUUCGAGGACGGGAGGUUCUUCCAGGCCGGGAUCGUGUCGUACGGCAUCGGAUGCGCGAAGAAGGACAUGCCGGGGGUGUACGCCAGGAUGGACGCCCUCUCUCCCUGGCUCACCGAGAACAUCGCAAACUACGACGAGUACGAGACACUGCAGUGAAGCCUUCGACCCUCGCCGACAUCCGACUCCCCCCGCACUUUCUAAGCCCCCCCUACACUCUAAAAACAAAACAAACAAAAAAAACUACACUAGCCUAAUUGAUUAUGCUGACAAAGCCGGGGAGCGCCGAAUAUCUGACGCCACGUGACAUCAUGAGGUCACAUGACAUCAUAAGGUCACAUGAUGUCAUGGCGUCACGUAACGACACGCUGUUACGUGAUGUCACGGUGUAUCGUGGCGCCGUGAAGUCUCGUGAUGUCGCAGUCAUCUUGACGGUUCUUCGCGACGGUUUUCUCGUAGAAUUCGACAGAUAAAACAUUAUUUUCGUUAAAAGUCUGGGGGGUGUAGUUCAUGUGGAACACGGAGACGACCUAUCACGGGGCAAAAUAGAAGGAUCCCAGCGAACGUCGGAGCUCAUAAUACGGUAAGAUUUGAGAAAUAUAAACGAUUUGCGCAAAAACAAUGCGCGAGUGAAACGUCAUGCUCGAGACCCCGGGGCCCAUUGCGUUGAUUGAGCUUAACUGCAUUCUGAGCUACGUCAUUCGCUCCGAUCCUUCUACUUUUCGGCGUGUUUUGUUGCCUCGUAUUGUACAGAAAAGCACGCUCGUAAUCCUUACUUCACACGUUUCAUCGAUUCCCCAAC